ACGACUUAUUUUAUCAGCGGGCGCGAAGUGUGUUUGAGCGGAAAGGCGAGAGGAUUUGUCUCUGUUUUUGUUUUACUGUUUAUUGCAUUAGAAAACAUUUUUUUAAAAACUUUUCUAAAGCAAUGUCUUACCGAAGAGGUGCUUUGAUUGUGUUAGAGGGAGUGGAUAAAGCCGGAAAAACUACGCAGUGUAAGCAGCUUGUGCAUGCUCUGCAGCAGAGUGGGAGACCAGCUGAGAUGAUGCGAUUCCCCGACAGAACAACACAGAUUGGGCAACUGAUCAGUUCCUACCUGGAGAAAAAAAACAAUCUGGAGGACCACACUGUACACCUGCUGUUUUCUGCAAACCGCUGGGAGAUGGUGCCACUAAUAAAGAAGAAGUUAGACCAGGGCAUCACCCUGGUGGUGGAUCGCUAUGCUUUUUCUGGAGUGGCUUUCACAAGUGCCAAACCUGGCUUCACUCUGGAGUGGUGCAAGCAGCCUGAUGUGGGCCUGCCAAAGCCAGACCUUGUGAUGUUCCUGCAGCUGAACCCCAACGUCGCAGCUGAACGUGGAGAGUUUGGAACGGAGCGAUACGAGACCAGCGUUUUUCAGCGUACAGUGCAACAGAGGUUCGAACAACUUAUGAAGGACACCUCUGUUAACUGGAAGGUGAUUGAUGCAGCCAGAAGCAUAGAAGCAGUACACAAUGAUAUUAAAGUGCUGUGCGAGAACUCAAUCAAUGAAUCAGAAAAUCUGCCACUUGGAGAACUCUGGAAAUAAAGAUUCGAGGAUAACA